AUGCAAAUGAUGAGGAAGCUUGAACCGACUGGAAUUGCUGCCGCUGAAAUAGAUGGAAUGAUAAUUCAUUCAUUUUUGGGCGAACAACGCAAUUCAGGAAAGCCACGAACCAUUAAACCGGGUGACUCAAAACUUGAGAAAGAAUGGAGAUCAGUCGAAUGUCUUUUAAUUGAUAAGAUGAGUAUGAUUGGUUUAACUCUACUAGCAAAACUCAACCGAAUUAUUUCAAUUGCAAAACAUGUCGAUCCUCAAGUUCCAUUCGGUGGUGUAAACAUUAUCUUCUUUGGUGAUUACUUACAAUAUCGACCUGUAUAUGAUACACUAUUACACACUGAUUUUUCAUUAUCAUCCAAAAAUAAAUCGGGUAAACUACCCACAGAAAAAGAAAUUCAACAACGUGUUGCACGUUCUUUAAUUCUUCAAAUUAACUGUGUGGCUCCGAUCCUUAUGUUCCGAAAUGAAGUGCGAACACAACUGAACAACAAGCCAGCAAUUCAUAAUGCAGCUCAAUUAGGCCACGUCCCGAUGGUAUGCAUCGCUCAAGACACUUGUAAUGGCAAACCAAUUGAAGAUCCUAUACUUAUAAAAAAAUUAUUGGAAUUAUCUGAUAACAAGACAGAGCAUUUACCUGGUUUAUUACUUUUUGUUCCUGGAAUGCCUGCUAUUUUAACACAAAACAUUGCUAUUGAACUUCGUCUUAUUAAUGGUAUUAAUGGAAUCUUUCAACAAUUAGUCUAUCAGGCAGAUUCUGUAUCAACAGAUGUUUUAUCGGAAAUAUUUCCAAAAAAUACACAGUACAUCCAUCGACUAUUAUAUGCAUUAAUAGAAAUUGCUAAAUCAAAAAUUGAAUCCAAUCUUGAAGAACUUCAACCAAAACUUGUUCCAAUACCAGUAAUUGAACAAACAUUUCGAGUAGACGUUUCUGAUGUUUUUCCAAAAGACAAGAAAUCAAAAUCAAAUUGA